UACUGAGACAGCGUGCUCUAGGAAGUGAUGCUGGGUUCUUGCUGCAGUAGUUUUUCUCAUUGCUGUGCAGGGUGUGGUCAGCUGCACACAGAAACACCUUAAAAACUUCCCUUUUAAAAAGCCAGUGGAGGACUUGUGCUUUAUGUUCCUCUGCUUCACAUUAGAGAAGUGAUCUUUUCCCCUGAAAGUCAGUGAGGAAAAUAGGACGCUGCUAUUUUCUAUUGUGACCGGUUAGAAGAGUGUUGCAAAGGUGGCAUUUGCGAUGGGAGCAGAAAGGCACACCUCAUGUGGAUGGAAAGCAGCUGGAGUGGUCCCAGGUGUGGGGUGGUGGGAGGACGUGGCCGUCUGGUUGGUCUUUCCAACCUCAGUGAUUCUGCAUAUAAACAAUGAGCCAGUGGAAAAGCUUCCUCUGUUCAGGAUAAUAUGAAAAUAAUUAUAAUCUGAUGAGCAUUACAGUGGAUCACCUCUUUUCAGUGUACCUGUUACACCAUUAACUGCACUCUGAGCACUUUUCUUAUUUUGGAAGAAAAAUGACAGGAAUCUCUUUUGAGGAACUCGAGGAAAUCCUUUGUAAAACAAACCUCGAACACAUUGUUUGUGUUUCAGUACUCAAGGAAAUCCUUACUACAAGAAGUUGUGUAACUCUGUUUCUGAUAGCACAUAUUAGUAAUAAUAACUUACAUUUUGCAUAGGUGGUAAUUCAGUUCUGGAAGUACUGCAGUAAUGAUUUACAGUUUAGUUUAACAGACCAGACUCUUAAUUCACUUCCAGAAUGUCUGCUUAUUUGGUGUGCUUGAGGUUGGACAGUUAGAAUUUUGGUAUAAUAUUUGGAAGACAGGAAAACUGCAAAAAGUAAUCGUUUGUUCUGGAAAAGUAUGGGCUAAGUGAAACAGCCGCUUUCUCCUUGGUCAUGGAAUUGCUGCUUUCCAAGCUAGCAGAAGUCGCUGCUUUCAGGUUUCCCCAAGAGGUGGAGUUGUGUUUCUUCUUAUAGCGCUCUUUUGUAUGUGUUGGUUUGAUCAGAGAGUUCAGCUCUCCUCCAGAGGGAUGCACCUUUUCCCAAGGUACAGAGCCACAGCACACAGGCUUUACAGGCUGAAUGUAUCUGUGAUUGCCCUUUUUGUGUUAUUUUUCCUCAUGGUGUCUAUAGCUGCAUGUGUAAAGACUCAUCUUUUAAGCCUUGCUUAUUUAAAAAUCUGUUAAAAAUAAUUGUUAGUUCUAGUUUAAUUCAUAUUUAAUUACCUAUUACUCUGUUGUGAUGUCAGUAAUAAAUGGAGUAGCAAAUGGAGAAAAGGAACUUGGAACUGCACAGAGCUGGUGGUCCCCUUACGUAGCUUUGCAACCUGGUAGAAUUGGGGUCAGUGCUGUCAUUCAUCACUGGCCUGGGAUAUGGGGCAGCACCCAUAGCAGUUUGUGGAUAACACCAGACUGUGGGGAGCGGUUAAUAGCUGGAGGGCAGAGCUGGCACUCACAGGGACAUGGAUGGACUGAAGGCUGAUGGGGGACCUUGGGAAGUUCAGGAAACAUAAAUGUAAAAUCCUGCAUCUGGGCUGUGUGAAGCCUGGGAAUGGCUGACUGGAGGGUCCUGGUGGGGAGGAUGUUGUGUGCGUUUCCAAGCUGCGCCCUUGUCGUCAUGGUGAAGGCCAGCCUUGUACUGGGCAGUGACUGUACCCAGCUUUGGGCCUGCAGUACAAAAACCACCACCAACAGAAGAGACCAACUGAAGAGGGCAGUGGAGGGCUGCUGAGGUGCUCAGGGAACAAGUGGGUGAGAGGCUGGAGGAGCCCACGUGCCUGUGGCAGGGGGGUUGGAACUUGGUAAACCUUGAUGUCUCUUCCAACCCAGGCUGUGCUGUGAUUCUAUGAAACCAUUCCCUCUUAUUGUGGCUCAUUCUGGAGUGAAUUGCCCAACUGCAGCCAUGGCAGGCUUCACAAUUUGAAACAAGACCCAGAGAAAACUGAUGUCACUUAGAAGUUAGCUUUCCUGUGAAUAAGGUAUCGAACCAGAGGCCUUCAGAGGUCUCUUCCAAAUUUUGUUUCUCUGCUGUUUGAUGUGAAUGAUGUAAAAAACAGGUUUUGCCUUCUGAAGUGCGAUGGAAUCAAUUGUGCACGUGGUACUGUGUGUUGUAGUAUCUCAGUGGUGACUUAAGCUUCAAAGCAUGUGCGUCUUCUACCAGGAGUGUAACUAAAGCAGUUGGUGGUGAAGAUUGGUUUUACUGGAGUGAUGCAGUGGAAUCAGGUAGGAGAUGAGUCUUAAAUAAGAAACAAAUAGGCAAGAAGAAUUAGGGAGGGGUGAGUUAUGAAUCUCCCUUCCAUGGAAAGGAGAAGUAUGUUGAAAUGUGAUUUCUGCAUUUCCUUUGUUUACUGAUGAAUACAGGGCAGGAUAAGGAGGUAUGACAGCAUCAUCUUAGUGUGCUGUAUGGGCAGAGAAAACCUAAGUUGGAGAGAAGCUGUUUGAUGGUACAGGGGUUGUUGAUUACCUCAGUUUCUCCUGGAAAUGAGCUAUCCUGUUGCCUGUGCUUGACACUUCAAGCAUUUGAAAUAAGAAAUGAGCAAAGACACAGGCUUGGGGAUGCUGACCGACUUUAAAUGUAGAAAUGGGAAGCUUUCCUUGGCUGUUAGUGAACUAACAAGAAUUUGGAAACCUCUCAUCUUUUAAUUUUUGGGUGUGUUUAAAAAACAGGGAGAUGCUUGAAGUUCUUGCUGUUCAGUAGCAUUUUCAGUGUAAAAACUUGAAUUGCCGUGACGUAACUACCAUGCUUAGGGAGUUAUUGGUGUUGAACUCCCAGUCUAUUUGAAAGCAGGAUCUGGAGGUGCUGAUAACAGAACUGUAAGAGAACAGCUUCUAUCUGGCUUUUAAAAGGCAAUUAACGUGAAAUAAUUCAAAAGGUACUGAGGCACUGAGCUUCAUUGCAGGACUGGCAUACAGGGAGGAAAUGGAAUUCCUGCUUCUGUGUUUUGGCUCCACAGAUGAGAUAGGACAUUUCCUUAUUUCCAAUCAGAUGCUAUUAGAAUGUAGUUAGAAUUGCAGGUGUAUAAUUAACCUUUUCCUGCAGUGCAGGCAGCAUUUCUAAAGGAAGAGGAGAAAGUAUUAGAGAUGUGACAAAAGUGGAAUUUAAAACAUCUCCUCAGAAGACACCUGGCAAUGUACAGAGUUGCUAAACUCAUUCAAUAGAAGUAAUGCCAGGGUCAGUAGGUCUCAGUUUUGCUGGGAGCUGUAGAGAUAGGAAUGGUUUUCUCACGAAUAGUUAGAAAUGUUUUGAGGCUGCUUAUCUGUUUUCUCCCAUCUCAGCUUUUCCAGUAGUUAAGCCAGAAUGAACUUCUGAAGCAGAGUGAUUAGGACCAUUGGUGGCAUUGCAGGUGUGAUGCCUGCACUGCGGGUUGCUGGAUCAUAGGCUGGCAGGCUGGCCUCCUUUCUGAUGCUCUGUAGGAAAACAGUCUGUACUUUCAGGUUUCCCAGCACAAACAUAAAGAUAACAUUCACUGCUCUGUCCAAUGAGAAGAGAGAAAAACAGGAGGCCCCGGAGUCCCCAGUGAAGCCUGUGCAACCCCAGAUCUCUCCCUUAACGAUAAACAUUCCAGACAACAUGGCUCACCUGAUCAGCCCUCUCCCUUCUCCCACAGGAACUAUCAGUGCUGCAAAUUCCUGCCCAUCUAGCCCCCGUGGUGCAGGCUCUUCAGGGUACAAAAUGAGUCGUGUGAUACCAUCUGACCUACAUUUAAUGGCUGACAAUUCUCAGUCAGAAAAUGACAAGGAGGCAUCGGGUGGAGACAGCCCAAAGGACGACUCCAAGCCACCUUACUCCUAUGCACAGUUAAUAGUACAAGCAAUUACAAUGGCACCUGAUAAGCAGCUUACACUAAAUGGAAUCUAUACGCACAUAACUAAAAAUUAUCCAUACUACAGGACAGCAGACAAGGGCUGGCAGAAUUCAAUACGUCACAAUCUCUCUCUGAAUCGUUAUUUCAUCAAAGUACCACGUUCCCAGGAAGAACCAGGCAAAGGCUCAUUCUGGAGGAUAGACCCUGCCUCUGAAAGCAAAUUAAUAGAGCAGGCUUUUAGGAAAAGGCGGCCUAGGGGAGUACCUUGCUUUAGAACCCCUCUGGGACCACUCUCUUCUAGAAGUGCCCCAGCCUCUCCUAAUCACUCUGGAGUGCUGUCUGCACACUCCAGUGGAGUCCAGACCCCCGAGAGUCUGUCCAGGGAAGGAUCUCCAGUCCCAAUGGAACCUGAGCCUAGUGCUAUCCAGCCAAAAUUAGCGGUAAUACAAGAAGCACGAUUUGCACAGAGUGCCCCAGGAUCACCUCUAUCUAGCCAACCAGUUUUAAUUACUGUACAACGGCAGCUACCACAAACUAUUAAACCCGUCACCUACACUGUUGCAACUCCUGUGACAACAUCAACAUCCCAGCAGCCUGUAGUUCAGACAGUUCAUGUUGUUCACCAGAUACCAGCUGUGUCUGUCACAAAUGUGACUGGAUUAGCACCAGCAAACACUUACACUGUAGCUGGACAGGCAGUAGUCACGCAAGCUGCAAUGGUAACCCAGCCCAAGGUAGAACCUCAAGAGAAUGGAGACCACAAGGAAGUAAAAGUGAAAGUGGAGCCUAUACCUGCUAUUAGCCAUGCUACAAUCGGAGCUGCUAGUCGUAUCAUUCAGACAUCUCAGACUACACCUUUACAGACAGUCACUAUAGUGCAACAGGCACCUCUAGGUCAACACCAGCUACCAAUAAAAACUGUAACGCAAAACGGAACGCACAUAGUACCCAUCACCACUGCAAUACAAGGGCAGGGCAAUGCUGCUGCUGCAAGUCCUUUGCAUAUGUUGGCAACCCACGCGUCCGCCUCAGCAUCGCUUCCAACAAAGCGCCAGAACGGAGACCAGUCGGAACAGCAGGAACUGAAACGUAUCAAAACAGAGGAUGGGGAGAGCAUAGUGAUAGCUGUUAACGUGGACACCCCGCCUGUGGCAGUGAGCGAUAAAGGCAGCCAGAACUAGAAACUUAGAGUUUGCUUUCUUUCUUUCUUUCUUUUUUUUUUUUUUAAACAAACAAAAACAAAAAAAACACACAAAAAAAACCCAACCAACAACAAACUCCGUGGUGCCAAAAGGAGACACUUAAAUAUAACACCUAAAAUCUUGGAACAUGUUCUCACGCAGUGGGGAAAGGGGCCCUGUGAUCAGACUUCAACGUUCAGCACUGAAAAAUAAACCAACACAGGUGGCCUUAAAACUUGGUAACUUAAAGUCAAACUGCAAAACAUGUUGUUCCAGAGGCUGUGACCCCGCUCCUCCCUGCCCCUAUGAACUGUGUGCGCUGAGAAGUACAGUGCUGGGGAGGGCUGCAGCUUUAAAAAAGUCUUUAUCAGAUGAUUUUAAGGACUGAGCAUCUCAGUGUAACGGCAGCAUGAUAAGCGCUUAGUGUGAACUGGUUUCAAACGAUUGUAUAUUCCUCAAAGGGAACAGAGGCAAGGAGCCAUUUCCUACAUCUUGGCAGCUAGCCUUUCAUAAUGACCUACCCAAUGCAGUUGUUGGUAGAUAUGCAGUAUUUUGUUGUUCACAUGUGGAAUUAGAAAUUUUUGAGGUGUAUUUUCAUUUCUUUGCAAAACGAUGGGGUCUUUGACAUUUCAAAUCACUCCAUUUCUACUCCGGAAACUUUGGAAUCACACAAUACUUUUCAUGUGAAAUUUUGUUUGGUAAAAAACUGAAUGUAGGGUUUUUUUAACCGACGGAAUGAUUUACUUUUGUUUGUCCUCUUAAAGUUCAGAUAAAGCUACUUUAUUACAUCUGCAAAUUUUCAUAUUUUAGCAGUUGCCUGAUAAAUUUAAUCAAAUUUUAUUACCAUGUGUAGUGAUCAAAUGCUUCUUUGGGCUUGCAUGUAACUGAUUAGAAAUUACGAUGUAAAUGAGCCGUUAACUGACGUAAAGAACUGCUAUGAAUUUGACCAGAGCUGCACUUAUCUGUUUCUCUCUCUGCUACCUUUUGCUGUUUGUUACUUUGUGUUGACUUUGACUGUCCCUGGCAUAUUUUUCCAGUCUAAAGUAAAACGAGAGUCUCGCUUAAUAUUGUGUAUGUUUAAGAUAACAGACUGUUCUUCAUUUAGAAAAGAUGAAAUUCUUUAUCACGAGUCCUUUUAAAAAGAGAGUUAAAAUUAUCUUGUCAGAGGUAUAUUCGAUAUUUUUAAGCUUAAGCACCCAUCUGUAGGAAUUAAUCUGACCAGUUUUCUCCGUAACACUUCUGAUGUCAAACACUGACCCGGGUCUCCAUCCACAGUAGCUGUUGUGGUUUUCUAACAGUGGCUACCGAAUGAUUACAAUAAAGAAGACUUAAGUGUGUGUUCUGCAGUUGAACAUUUUAAAAUGUAGUGGCAAUUUCUCACUUUAAUUGUGGUAAUAGAUUCCACUUUACAGUAAAAAACGCGAGCUGAGCGCGAGGCUGCUGUUCAGUCUUCAGUUCACAUCAUGUCUUAUUUCUUCACGCAGCACGGUGAGUGAGCGCUGCACAGCUGGCUUGAUUUGAACCUGAUUUUUGUCACUUUCUGUAAUAAUGAUGCAUUAUUUAUAUUUCCUUUUCUGCUACGAAAGGAAAAGAACUGUGUUUUCUCGACGGACUGAACAGUUUGGAGUGGUUUAUUGAGGCAGCUUUUGGAACUAUUUACCUAAAGACCAAAUACGAGAAAUCUGUACAAGUUUUGUGUUCAUCCACAAAAUGGAACUGUUACAAUGAUGUCUCUGCAGAUAAUACAUAUUAAAAAUCUAUUUAAAAAAACCAACAACAGAACUCUACACAAGCUGAAUUUAUAACAGGCAUUUAAAACAAAGAGCAUAACCUGAAAAAAAACCAUUUCUGUAAAACUGCAAGAUUUUCUUUAGAGGUUUUAAAAAUAAAAAAGUAAAGUUUUAACAUACUUUUUUUAAGAAAACAAAAUCCAGUACUAGUAAUUUAAUUUGGUGUUGAAUGAAUCGAUUAGAAUGUGGUUUAUUUUCAGAAGUGAGAAUCUGUUCACAACUAGGGCUAGGUGAAUAAUAGUGUAUAAGAUUUUUUUAAAUAAAAUUAAAUUUUAUUCAGCAAAUUAACUAA